AAAGGAGGUUCGGUUCCUCUAUCUGUGUGCUGGUUGAAGGUUUUUCCUCGGGGAAGCAUUACUGGGAGGUGGACGUUAAAAAAAGUGAUGACUGGGACCUGGGAGCAGCCAGAAAAUCCACUCCAAGGCGAGGAAAGAUGUCUCUGUCACCUACAUAA